AUGGAAGAGGAAAUUGAAUUAGUUAAUGAUAAGAACUUGAUGGUUCUUGCUGUUUAUUUUACUUACCCAAACAAUACUCGUUAAGUAAAUGCUGCUAUUUUAGACAGUGAUUAAAGAAAAUUCUAAGUUACAGAAUUCUAAGACACAGAAUAUUACUCAAAUUUUGAGUCCCUCAUUCUCUAGACCAACCCUUAAAAUUAGCAUACCCAAUUUUUGUUGUUAAUCCAGUAUCCAGAUUUGACAACAGAAAAAGAAAAAGUCAAUGAUAUUGUUUAACAAUGCGACAUUAAUGUGAAAGAAAAGGAUAAGAAAAGUUUUUUAGAAAAGGGUUAUGAAGAUGACCUUAAUAAAUUAUUAAAAAAACCUUUAGCCUAAUAUAUUUAAGAAAGUUAACUUACUCAUGCUUUGAGUAGUUUGGCUUGUAUUGUAGGUGAUUUAUAACUGUCUAAAGAACCUACUAAUUAAAAUUAAUUCACUGUUGAGACAUUGAUCUUGAAUAAUUUUAUGAAAUUGGAUCUCGCUGCUAUUAAUGCCCUUUUAAUUUUCCCAAAAGAAAAAGAUAUCUAGAGAAGAAACUUAAUGGGUGGUCAAGAAAAUAAUUUUAGUACAUUAGUUGACUUAUUAGACAAGUGCAAAACUCAAAUUGGCAGUAGAACCUUAAAGCGCUGGAUAAAGCAACCUCUUAAAAAUGAGGCUGAAAUCAAUAGAAGACUUGAUAUUGUUGAAUAUUUUGUCAACAAUUAAGAUUUGAGAAACUACAUUCAAAAUGAAUUUUUAAGAAAAAUAGCUGACUUAGAUAAGCUAUAUGCUAAAUUCUAUAAAGUCGCUAGUAAGAAAAAGCAUAACGCUAGUUUAGCUGAUUGUAUCAAAGUCUAUCAACUUGUUACUAAUCUAAGUACUUUAGCACAAUAUAUUGAAAAUAACCACUCAGCUGAUGAAUUAGCAUAGAGGGAAUUUUUAAUACCUUUAGGGGAAAUACUUGAAAAUUUUGAAAAGCUUUCUAGUAUGAUUGAUUAAUCAAUAGAUAUGGAAAAGGCGAGACGUGAUAAUGAAUACUAAGUUAGUUCUAAAUUCUCUCCAACUUUAGCAGAACUUGCAAAACAAAUGAAAUAAAUCAUGAAGUAAAUUGAAUCAUUAAGAAAUGAAUAUGCAUAAGAAUUAGGAGUUGAGCCUAAAUUAGUGGAAUCUACUACUCACACUUAUUUGUUUGAAAGUAAAAAGAAAGAGACAGAUGAAGCCUUCCGUCGUCUCCAUAGUCGUAAGUAUAAAUCUAUUUCAGUUAAGAAAGGCUGUAUUUCCUUUACAACUGAUGAAUUAUAAGCUUGUGUAGCUGAGUAUAACAGCUUAAAAGAUAACUAUUAAGAAGAGUAGAAGUCUGUAGUUUAGAAAAUAUUAGACGUCGUUUCUACAUACUACCCUGCUAUGGAACGUGCAAGUUUCGUUAUUUCUGAAUUGGAUGUUCUUGCUAACUUUGCUUCUUUAGUUAACUCAGCCACUCGUCCAUAUGUCAAACCCAAUAUUCAUGCAUCAAAUAAGCAAAUUAACUUAGUAGAAUCUCGUCAUCCCUGCUUAGAAGUAAUGGACAAUAAUUGUGUAGCAAAUGACUGCUUUAUGGAUAAUGACAAGUCUCGUUUCCAUAUCAUUACUGGGCCAAAUAUGGGUGGUAAAAGUACUUUUAUUAGAUAAGUUGCCAUAUGCGUUCUAUUAGCUCAUAUUGGUUGCUUUAUACCCUGCAAGAGUGGUGAAAUGCCUAUCAUUGAUGCAAUCAUUACAAGAGUAGGUGCAAGUGAUAUGCAACUUCGUGGUAUUAGUACUUUCAUGAGUGAAAUGUUAGAAGCUUCUAACAUGUUAAUGACAGCAACUGAAAAUUCUUUAAUUAUAAUCGAUGAACUUGGUCGUGGUACUUCUACAAGUGAAGGAUUUGGUAUCGCAUGGGCUAUUUCAGAACAUAUUGCUAAUAAAAUCAAAUGUUAUUGCUUAUUUGCAACUCAUUUCCAUGAAAUGACCAAAAUGGAACAAGAAGUUAAAGGAGUAAUUAACUAUUAUGUAAGCUGUGUAACAAUAGACAAUAAAUUGACUAUGCAAUAUAAAUUAAAGAGAGGUUUUGCUGAGCGUAGUUAUGGUUUGUUUGUUGCAGAAACUUUAGAUUUCCCUAGAGAAAUUCUUGAGCAUGCCUCAAAUAAGCUUUUAGAACUGGAAAGUUAUUCAAAGGGAAUUUCUGAAAACCAGAGCUCGGAUUAAAAUUUUGAGAAUUUCAAUAAAAAUAGCUAAACAGACGACAUAUUUUUACUUAGUAAGAACUCAACAAUUGCUCAAAAAGAAGCUGUUGUUGAUCUUGCUUCUUCCUAUAAUGAAAAAAUAAGAAAUGCUGCUUCUAAAGAAUAAAAGAAGUAACUACUUAAUGAAUUAAAAUAAAAAAUUAUUUCUGCUUUAAAAUCUUGA